GCUUGGCUUACGUUGAGAGGAAGGUGGGCAGAGUCGCUGAAGGAUAUCAGCUCAGGCAGAGGCGGAGAGGAGGACACACGCAGCAGAAGAGCGAGGCAGACGGAACGGAGAGCGUGAAGUGCACAAAGAUGCCGCCGAAAGACCCAGAAAAUACACGAAAGUCGGCCAAAAAUGCGACGCCGACGACGGCAGACGACGGGGGAUAGACACCAGCGGUGCAAUGGGUAUUCCCUUCGUUAUAUUACAAAUGACGUCAGUGAAGAAAGGAGGUCAUCUCGCUGAAUAUAAUGGGUUGCCAUCUAGCCGCUGUGAACUGAAGAAAUUGAGUUAUUCUCGCUGCCUUGGAAACCGAAUGGACACGAGACCACAGACAAGAUUUGAAGCUUUUGAAGAAAAAGAAGACAACCCUAACCCAUUCAACUGGAUAUUGCUGAAGUGGAGACAGCGUUGUUUAACGUGAAGAUGGAAAGCGAUUCGGCUGUUAGCCAAAUUUUACAAGAUGAAACCUUUUUCUGAAUGGAUUUGGGUGCUUGGAUUUUACUUUUUUUUUUUUUCUUCGUUAACCACAACAUGAACUCUGAAGCACCAAUGCUGGCAAUAUAUUGGACACAGAAAAUUUUAUGUUCCUUUGUCUGUUUGUUUUAAGUUUUUUUUUUUUUUGGGGGUGGGGGGGUAACCAAAUCGCCUUUGUACAUUUGAUAUUCAAAUGUUGUUUUAAAUAAAAUGUGUGUGUUUGUAUUUAUCCCUGGCUUUGUUUUAUUAGCUUGAUCUAAGAAAAAUUGCUAGCAGGGGAUUUUUAAAAAGGGUUUUUCAUUGGUUCAAAUAUUUAAGGUUGUUUAUACUUCACAUUAAGUUAGCAUUGUCAUUGGGGUCAAUGAUGCGAAACAUUUAAUAAGCAACUUACCACCACCAGCUUUUGUGCUGAACAGCUGUCCACAUACAACAGGGGUCUUAUUCUCUUUUUGGUAUUGCUUCUAAAAAAGGAUUUCUCAUUCUUACAGUGAGAUAAAGGUGAAAACAGUGUAUGGAAAUUCUGUACUUUACCUUUUAAUUGGUGUCGAGGUACAACUGACCUAAUGAAUAAGCAACAAAUUAAUACUCAUUCAGAAGGUGUUUGUCUGGACUCAAAUGAUUUCUAAAGUUGAGCCUUGAAGGCUCUAAAAUGGCUGCUUCUUGUCCUUCUUCCUGUCUGAACAGGAAGUGAUGCAAUUGCUGCAAAAUUUUAUACAUUCAGAGCUUGUCACUAUUCGUACCUUUUGCUAAAAGGAAAGUAACAGUUACAUUUGGGGCUUGUGCCCGAGGAUUGAAAAUAAUUGUAAGUUUGUAUAAAAGUAAUUUUAAACAUAAUAAAAGGGGUGGGACUUAGACAUCACCUGAGUGUGGGGUAAAUGGAAAUAACGUCAAUCAAAGGCAAAGCUUCCAGAGCAGGGAAGGAGCUCUAGAUGGCGGCUGAGCCUUGGGAAGGCUGCCAUAGACUUUCAUUAGACCGUCUCUAUUGCUUUUUUUUCGAUCAAUAUCGCUUGAUUUUCGUGUAAAUUUGAAGACUGCUGUUGUGCGAUCGUGUUUUAACGUAAUUGGACGCGUUUUGUGCCGUUUUUGUGCUGAAAUUUUGCGCUGGAGGGUCCGUCUGUGCUGGCGGAGCGCUUGUCGUUGUUUUCCAUACUGGGCUCUGGCAGCCAUGGCGCGCCUCCAUUUUUAGUGUGCUGCUGCUACUCGUCUCUGACGCUCAGAGCCUGUCAGUCGAUGUAGACUGAAGAGGCCUUCAAGCUUUUUGAUUUAAAGCUAUUUUCUUUUGUAAUUUAUUACGAUAUUAUUUUUACGGGGUUUUUUCCCCACCCGAGUCGGAUACAUAUUUGAAGUGCGACAGAGCAACGGGGAUCUAACUGUUCUGUUAUUGACUAGCACCACUUCUCACAUUGAAUUGAUAUGUUUACAUUGCGUAAUGCAUAAAUAACUGUUUUUUUUAUUCGUAAAUGUUAUUUAUCUAGUGCUUCAUGUGAUGACGCAGUUAAAAUGAACGGCAUGCGUCUUCAUACGAGGACUAAAUUGAAAGACAUCGUGAUAUUUAACAUUGUUAUAGCACCUGCCAUUUUUUCUUAGCUCUUUUUGAAUUAGCGAUGCAAAUAAUGAUCCCCAGAUCCAUCGAUUUAAUGUCAUUUUUUGUACUCGCGUCGCAACGCCUGGAUUUUAUCUGCCACCUGAGCAAAAGCAAUCCCGUGGGACUUCUGUGAUAGUUCAUGCUCCCUCUAACUUUUUGACAGUAAAUACCAGGACAAAACAUCACCUUAUCAGGUUUUCAAGACACCACGAUGAUGAAGAAUAAAAGUAAAAAACAAGAGGAUGAAGGAUCGACUCAAAGCAAUGCAUCAAGCAACUCGGCUUCAGAGGAAUCCAACCGCUCAGCAUCAGAAUCAGGAAGUCAAUCAGAAAGCGAACAUGGUGAGCGGAGGAGGUUGCACAACUCAGAGAGCAACAGCUCCUCAGAUUCAGAGAGUCGCUCUGAGUCAGAGAGCGAAUCUGCCGAGUCCAAAUCGCAGCAAACCACUGCCGAAGUCAAAGACAAGCCAGUUCGGAAGAAGGAGCGCCUGGCUGAUGUAAAGAAGAUGUGGGAAGAGCAUCCAGAUGUGUACGGGGUCAGGAGGUCAAACCGCAGCAGGCAGGAGCCUGCCCGUCUCAACAUAGGAGCUGAGGGAAGCAGCGACUCUGAAAGCGAGAGCCCUAAAAGGAAAUCAUCUCGGGCUAAGAAAAAGGAAAAUAUCUGGAAAGAUGAUGACUCAAAUGGUGAAGAGGAGGAAGAUGGGGAGGAGGAGGAGGCUUCCGAGAGUACAGACAGUGAGCAGGAAGAGAAAAAAGUUAGAUCCAGACGACUUCCUGCUAGAAGACCUCAGACCAAAUCUUCUGCUCUGAAAAAGCAGCCGUCCCAAAAAGGAAAGAAGUCGAGGAAGCAAGAGUCCUCGGCCGAAGACGAGGACGAUGACGAAGAUGAGGAUGACGGGGAUGACACUCCAAAGAGACAGACUCGACGAAGGGGAGCCACGAAAGUCAAAAGCUAUAAAGAGGACCAGCAUGACUUUGAAACAGACUCUGACGACCUGAUAGAAAUGACGGGGGACGCUUGCGAGGAGCAGCAGGACGACGACAGCGAGACCAUUGAGAAAGUGGUCGACACCAGGAUUGGGAAAAAAGCAGCCACCGGAGCAUCCACCACCGGGUACUCCGUGGAGGAAAACGGGGACCCGAGUGAAGGCUUCGACCCAGAGAACGAGGAGGGGGAGACUCAGUACCUGAUCAAGUGGAAGGGCUGGUCCUACAUCCACAACACGUGGGAGAGCAUGGACUCUCUGACCCAGCAGAAAGUCAAAGGCCUUAAGAAACUGGACAACUUCAAGAGGAAGAACGACGAGUUGAAUUCAUGGCUGAGGAGGGCGUCUCCUGAGGACGUUGAAUUUCAUAACUGUCAGCAGGAGCUCAUAGCUGACCUGAACAAGCAGUUUCAGAUUGUGGAGCGAGUCAUCGCAACCAAAACGGGGAAGACGCCGGGAUCCUCGGACUUCCCCUCUCACAGUCACAAGACCUCAUCCUCCAACGAGCCGGAGUACCUGUGCAAGUGGAUGGGCUUGCCCUACGCCGAGUGCAGCUGGGAGGACGGAGCCCUGGUCAUGAAGAAGUUCCAGCUCUGCAUCGACAGCUUCACCAACCGAAACUCCUGCAAGACCGUCCCCUCCAAGGACUGCAAGGUGUUGAAGCAAAGGCCCAGGUUCGUCGCCCUGAAGAAACAGCCGUCCUACAUUGGCGACGACAACCUUCAACUGAGAGACUACCAGCUGGAUGGGGUGAACUGGCUGGCCCACUCCUGGUGCAGGUGCAACAGCGUUAUUCUUGCUGACGAGAUGGGGCUGGGAAAGACCAUCCAGACCAUCUCCUUCCUGUCCUACCUGUUCCACCAGCACCAGCUGUACGGGCCCUUCUUGCUGGUGGUGCCUCUGUCCACGCUCACCUCCUGGCAGAGGGAGUUUGACACCUGGGCCCCAGACAUGAACGUGGUGGUUUACAUCGGUGACGUCAUGAGCAGAAAGACAAUCCGCGACUACGAAUGGGUGAACCAUCAAACCAAAAGAAUCCGUUUCAAUGCACUUAUUACCACUUAUGAGAUUCUACUCAAAGACAAGGGAGUCCUGGGAAACAUUAACUGGGCAUUUCUGGGAGUGGAUGAAGCCCACAGGCUGAAGAACGAUGACUCCCUGCUCUACAAAACAUUAAUGGAGUUCAGGUCCAACCACAGACUUCUCAUUACUGGCACUCCGCUACAGAACUCCCUCAAAGAACUCUGGUCGCUGUUACACUUCCUCAUGCCUGACAAGUUUGAUUCCUGGGAGGAUUUUGAGGAUGAACACGGUAAAGGAAGAGAAAAUGGUUAUCAGAGUCUUCACAAAGUCCUCGAACCUUUCCUGCUCCGGCGAGUGAAGAAAGACGUGGAAAAGUCUCUCCCUGCCAAGGUGGAGCAGAUCCUUCGAGUCGACAUGACGGCACAACAGAAACAGUUUUACAAGUGGAUUUUAACCAGAAAUUAUAAGGCUCUUUCUAAAGGCACGCGCGGCAGCUCUUCCGGCUUCCUGAACAUUGUAAUGGAGCUGAAAAAGUGCUGCAACCACAGCUUUCUCAUCAAGCAGCCCGAGGAUGGAGAAUGUGAAGUGAAGGAGCACCUGCAGGGUCUGGUGAGGGGGAGCGGGAAGCUGGUUCUGAUGGACAAGCUGCUCACCCGACUCAGAGAGAGAGGCAACAGAGUCCUGAUCUUCUCCCAGAUGGUCAGGAUGCUGGACAUUCUGGCCGAGUAUCUGGCCAAGAAACGAUACCCAUUUCAGCGACUGGACGGCUCCAUAAAGGGAGAAAUCCGAAAGCAAGCACUCGACCACUUUAAUGCAGAAGGCUCAGAGGACUUCUGCUUCCUGUUAUCCACCAGGGCUGGAGGUCUGGGUAUCAACCUGGCCUCAGCAGAUACUGUGGUCAUCUUUGACUCAGACUGGAACCCUCAGAAUGACCUCCAGGCACAAGCAAGAGCUCACAGGAUUGGACAGAAGAAACAGGUAAAUAUAUAUCGACUUGUUACCAAAGGAACUGUGGAGGAGGACAUCAUUGAGAGGGCGAAGAAGAAGAUGGUUUUGGACCAUCUUGUCAUUCAGAGAAUGGACACCACGGGUCGAACUGUUCUGGACAGCAACUCAGGAAACACAAAUUCAAACCCUUUUAAUAAAGAAGAACUGACAGCCAUCCUUAAGUUUGGUGCUGAGGAUCUUUUCAAAGAGGCAGAGGGGGAGGAGUCUGAGCCUCAGGAGAUGGACAUCGAUGAGAUCUUGAGGUUGGCGGAAACAAGAGAAAGUGACCUGGGCUCCAGUGCUACAGAUGAACUUCUGUCGCAGUUUAAGGUCGCCAACUUCUCCACUAACGAAGAACCCAGUCCAGAGUUUGAGGGGAGGGCUAUACGGGAAUGGGACGACAUCAUCCCCGAGGACCAACGCCGGAAAAUUGAGGAGGAGGAGAAGCAGCGGGAGAUGGAGGACAUCUUCAUGCUGCCCAGGAGCAGGAGCUCCAACAAACGGGCUCAGGCCAACGACAGCGACAGCGACGUGGGCUCCAAGCUCAAACACCACUCCUCCGGCUCCGAAAGUGAGACGGACGACAGCGACGACGACAAGAAGCCCAAGAAGAGGGGCAGACCCCGAGCUCGCAAAAACAACGUGGAGGGCUUCACCGACGCAGAGAUCCGCAGGUUCAUUAAGGCAUACAAGAAGUUUGGAUCUCCCCUUGAAAGGUUGGAGGCCAUUGCCCGGGACUCUGAGCUGGUGGACAAGUCCAUAGCUGACCUGAAGAGGCUGGGAGAGCUGAUCCACAGCAGCUGUGUGACUGCAGUGCAGGAGCACGAGGAACACCUCAAAGAGAACCCGGUGGAAGCCAAAGGUCCCGGGAAGAGACGAGGAAUUAAUAUCAAGAUUUCAGGAGUGCAAGUCAAUGCCAAGUCCAUCAUCCAGCACGAGGACGAGUUUGAGCCUCUGCACAAAGCGGUGCCCUCCGACCCCGCCGAGAGAAAUAAGUUCGGGCUCACGUGCAGGGUGAAAAUAGCUCACUUUGAUGCAGACUGGGAGCUGCAGGAUGACAUCCAGCUCUUACUGGGCAUCUACGAGCAUGGCUUUGGAAACUGGGAUCUGAUCAAGACCGAUCCCGACCUCAAACUGGCAGACAAGGCAAGCCUUUAUGGAGCCGACCAGCGCAAGAAGCCUCAAGCCAAGCAGCUGCAGGCCAGAGCCGAGUAUCUGCUGAAGCUGCUUAAAAAAGAGCAGGACAGCACAGAUCUCUCUAAAACGGGGGAGGAGGUAAAAGUGAGGAAGAGGAAGCCUCGGGUGAAAAAGGAGAACAAGAUUCUCAAAGACGAGCAGGGAAAUGACAUCUCCUCCCCCCGGCUGUCCGAUAACCCGUCAGAGGAGGGCGAGGUUAAGGAUGACGGAACAGAAAAGCCAAGCGUCAAGAAGAGACAAAAGAAAAAGGAUAACAAAGAGAACAAAGAAAAACAGGGAACACCUAAAAAGGAGAAGGAUGGGGACAAAGAAAAGAAGGCCUCCAAGCCCAGAGCAGAGAAGGCAAAAGCGGUCAAAGGGAAGAAGAACCAGGGUCCAGUCCACAUCACAGCCGGGUCUGAUCCCAUCCCCAUUGAAGGGAAGGAGGAUGAUGAACUUGACCAAGAGACAUUCAGUAUUUGCAAAGAGCGCAUGAGACCAGUGAAGAAGGCCCUGAAGCAGCUGGAUAAACCAGACGAGGGUCUGUCCGACCAGGAGCAGCUGCAGCACACGCGCUCCUGCCUGCUGAAGAUAGGAGACCGAAUCACAGAGUGCCUUAAAGCCUACAGCGACCCCGAGCACGUCAAAACGUGGAGAAGGAAUCUUUGGAUUUUUGUGUCCAAGUUCACAGAGUUUGGUGCAAGGAAGCUUCACAAGCUUUACAAAAUGGCUCAGAAGAAGCGAUCGCACGAGGAAGAGAAGGAGCUAAAGAAGAAGGAAGACGUUUCAGGAAGAGUAAAAUCGUUCAGGCCGGAGGCUUCUGGUUCCAGCCGGGACUCCACAGGCACCCAGCCCUCCUCCAAGUCUCACGCAGCUCAGUCAGGGCCGCACGGACACCACAGAGAACCCUACAAACGCCACUUUGGCAACGACGAUCGAGGAGACUGGCAGAGGGAUCGUAAAUACAGCUACCCGGGAAACAGCAGCCAGUCCUGGCAGGGGGACCGCCACCACCCGUACGACCCCCACCGCUACAAGGAUCACUACAGCGAGCGCCGAGACUCCUACCGCAGCUCGGGCAGCUACCGCAACAACAGCUCCCCUCGGAAGCGGCCGUACGACCAGUACAGCAACGACAGAGACCACCGGGGCCACCGGCCCUAUUACGACAGGUGGGCGGAGCCAAGGCACCCGGACCCCAAACGAAGACGUCCUGAUGACUUCCGUCCCAGCUACCACCAGGGGAGCGAAGGCCCCCAUCAGGACUUCAGGAGGCUGCCGGACCACAGGCCGGCCGGUCCAGCCGGACCGGAGCACUACAGCCGGCCCUUCCACCCGGACAAACCUCCCCCGCUGGACCCGCGCUCCCCGCAGUCCCAGAAGUCCCCCCAGGACUCCCGCUCCCCACUGGAGCGGCCCACGGAGCCCGGCGCGGCCGGAGAGCCCAACUGGAUAAACAGGAAAACAUAA